ACAAAAAAGUCAUCAACGGAAACCAAAAAUAAAUCUACAAAAUAAACCGCAUUUUUUUUUUUUUUGGCCCAAAACAAACAAUUUUUUUCAAGUGUAUCAAGCAAACAAAACUAUUACCAAUGGCCCUAAAGUGCAGCAAAUAGAGACACACAAGAUCAGCCAAAAAAAAAAAUCCAAUUUUUUUUUCCAAAACUUGAGAUUUUUUGAGAAAAAUUUCAAAGAAAAGCCCAAAGAUCUGAGAGGAAAAGGAAGAAAAGUCCUGCCAAAAUGUUAGCCGAUUCGUACCUGAUCAAGUUCCUGCUGCGGCAACUGCAAAUGCAACAGAAGGACGAUGCCCAGCACCUGCUGCUGGUCUUUCUGGGCCUCCUCACCCUGGUCACCGUGCUGCAGUGGCUGCUCCGGCACUACCGGGAACUCCGGAAACUGCCACCCGGACCAUGGGGCCUGCCCGUCAUCGGUUACCUGCUCUUCAUGGGCAACGAGAAGCACACCCGCUUCAUGGAGCUGGCCAAGCAGUACGGUUCCCUGUUCUCCACCCGGCUGGGUAGCCAACUGACCGUCGUCAUGAGUGACUACAAGAUGAUCCGGGAGUGCUUCCGGCGGGAGGAGUUCACCGGCCGUCCGGACACCCCCUUCAUGCAGACCCUCAACGGUUACGGCAUUAUCAACAGCACUGGAAAACUUUGGAAGGAUCAGCGCCGCUUUCUGCACGACAAGCUCCGCCAGUUCGGCAUGACCUACAUGGGCAACGGCAAGCAGCAGAUGCAGAAGCGUAUUAUGACCGAAGUCCAUGAGUUUAUUGGACAUCUGCACGCCAGCGAUGGUCAGCCCGUGGACCUUUCGCCGGUCAUCUCCGUGGCGGUCAGCAAUGUGAUUUGCAGCCUCAUGAUGUCCACUCGCUUCAGCAUCGAUGAUCCCAAGUUCCGGCGCUUCAACUUCCUCAUCGAGGAGGGUAUGCGGCUGUUCGGCGAGAUCCACACCGUUGACUACAUCCCGACGAUGCAGUGCUUCCCCAGCAUCUCCACCGCCAAGAACAAGAUUGCCCAGAACCGGGCCGAGAUGCAGCGCUUCUACCAGGACGUCAUCGAUGAUCACAAAAAGAGUUUCGAUCCCCAUAACGUCCGGGACCUGGUGGACUUCUAUCUCUGCGAAAUCGAGAAGGCCAAGGCCGAGGGAACCGAUGCCGAGCUCUUUGACGGCAAGAAUCAUGAGGAGCAACUGGUCCAGGUGAUCAUUGAUCUGUUCUCCGCCGGCAUGGAAACCAUCAAGACCACCCUGCUCUGGAUCAACGUCUUUAUGCUGCGCAAUCCCAAGGAGAUGCGUCGGGUGCAGGACGAACUGGACCAGGUGGUGGGACGUCAUCGUCUGCCCACAAUCGAGGACUUGCAAUACCUGCCCAUUACCGAGUCGACCAUUCUUGAGUCGAUGCGCCGCUCCAGCAUAGUUCCCUUGGCCACCACACACUCGCCCACAAGAGAUGUGGAACUCAAUGGGUACACCAUACCGGCCGGCUCACAUGUCAUCCCGCUGAUCAACAGCGUCCACAUGGAUCCCAAUCUGUGGGAGAAGCCCGAGGAGUUCCGUCCCUCGCGGUUCAUCGAUUCCGAGGGCAAGGUCCGGAAGCCUGAGUACUUUAUCCCCUUCGGUGUGGGCCGACGCAUGUGUCUGGGCGAUGUCCUGGCCAGGAUGGAGCUCUUCCUGUUCUUCGCCUCGUUCAUGCACUGUUUCGACAUUGCCCUGCCGGCGGGUCACUCCCUGCCCAGUCUCAAGGGCAAUGUGGGCGCCACCAUCACGCCCGAGGCCUUCAAGGUCUGUCUGAAACGCCGGCCCCUCGCCCCCACCGCCACGGAUCCCUCACCGCAUCAUAUGCGUAAUGUUGGAGCCAACUAAGGCGAGUCCUGGAGAGUCCUUGAUGCUGCAGAGCACGGUUUUGUUCCUAACACACAAACAACAAAUCUAAACACUACACAACAUAAAUAAUUCUAAAAAAAAAAAACAAAAAAAAUACAGAGGAAGGCAUUCACGAAAUCCAUCCUCCACCCGGCCUCAUCGUUGAGUUACCAGUUAAACUGUCAAAGGAUACGGACUCCCCGGAGAAUCCUUCGGCUUUUGCUGAGAAACAAUUCUAUUCUGUCACCCCCAAGAAGCUGUGUUCAAUUAAUUUUAAUCGAAACCCCUAGCUGAUACGUUCCAAUUCCAUUGCUAUUGGUUAGCUAGGCCUAAUGUUAAUGUUUUUUUCAUAGUUUUUAAUUGCUAGCUUUAAACUAUUAAUUAUUCAUUAGCUAUUAUUAUUAUUAUUAUUAUUAAUGAUAUCGCUAUUCGUUUAUGCUAUUUGGUAGCUAAUUACUAGUUGGUAGUUAGCUAACGUUCUUGUUUAUUUCAUAGUAUUAGUGCUAGCUUAAUGUCCAAACAACAAACAAACAACAAAACAAACUGUGGUUUAGUCUUACAAGCACACAUCAAAAUAAGCAAAAAAUUUGAAAAUAAAGACAAAAUGUUAUUGAAAAAGAUACAAAAAUAA